CACAGAGCCCGACCCGGGGCUCGAACCCACAAACAGCGAGAUCACGACCUGCGCCGAAGUCGACGCUUAACCGACUGAGCCAGCCAGGCGCCCCAUUGUUUCUGUAGGCCUUUGGGCUUCACAGGAGGGCAGUGUGCAGUGGACAGAGGGAACCCAGAAACACCCUGGACCCCCAGCGAGCCAGAAGCAGGCCGUGCCGGCUGCAGAAGCCCUCCCACGACCCCCCUGGGAAAAUGUGGGAAGACGUUGCCCUGACCAGAGCACCCAGGAAGGGCUCCCAUGGUUCAUUGCUUGCACGUGGAGAACGCUCUGGGGUCCCUCCCGGGAAGAUCCAAGCCUCUCCUGAAUUCCAUAUUCCCCGUCGACGUACCCCGAGGUGAUUCCGGAACCGUCACCUUUUUAGGCCUCUCCGUGUUGACUUCCCUCUAUCGCCAUCGCCAACGGCUGGCGUGUUCCACAAGGUGAGAAGGCUGAGGUCCAGCACGAUCUGCUGAUGAAGGUUAUGGAGCUAUUCGGUCACAUGGAAAGGCACUUCUCGGGUCUUCUGGGGACGUCUAACCCUGCGCUCCACCUCGACUCAUCAAGAGCAGCGAGCCUGUUGAAAAGGGGAAGCCGUCUUGUGUCCUACCUUCCCAAUGCCUCUGAUCAGACGGCUUCUCCAUUUCGUGCGUGGCAAGACCUAAGCUGUCCCCGGGUGCAUAAAGGACUUUGCUAAAGUCACAGUCAUCCACACUUGGCCUUUUGUACCUCAUCAGUCAGCUUGCCCACGGCUGGGCCCAUCGUGUGUUCGCCGUGCCUUCAUAAAUUCUCAACUACUGAGGACAUGACCGCUCCAAGUUAGCCAUUUCGCGUGUAUCGAUGUUGACUUCGUAAGAAACAGUCCGUGAAAAUAGAACUUGCAUUUACGUGUGUACAUACAUCUACAUAGUGCAGUUGUAUAUAUACAUGUGUAUUUUAAGGGUUCAUUGAAAAUCCACCCUAAGUCAGGCUAUGAUGAUGAAUCAGUGAAUCAAAUGAUUUGGUCUUCGUGUCUGGAUCUGCAAGGUUGACUGUUUGUUUUUCCUAGACCUGUCCUAGAGGAUAGGGGUAGAAAUCCCUCCUAAUCUUUUGGGAAACCUUGGAUUGAUGCGGGUGGAAGUUAACAGUUGUUUGACCGGUGUUUAGAGGGAGGGUGAUGGGAGUAUGGGGACUUUGGUACACGGAAGUGAUGGGGGUAUUUGUAGCUCUUUUCAGACGGUGGUGAUGAUUACAUUGAACCAGGUAGGCUGAGUUAUUUCUCUUGGGGCAAGAAUCGUAUGACUCAACAAGAAAAAAGCAGAUGUACCCAGCAUAAAAUGGGUAAAGGGCACCGCCAGAUAAUUCACAGAAAAGGAAAUAUGGAUGAUUACCAAUUACAGUUUUAAAAAAUGCUCAGUAAUUAAACAAAUAUUAGUUACACCAUAAUGACGUCUCUUUUGCCCAUAUACGUGGCCAAUUUUUUUCUCCUUUCUGUCUUCUUGGUGUUGACGGAUGCUUGCUGAGAUUAGAGCCAUCACCUACUACUGCCCAGAAUAUAUACAUCGCUGAACACUUCCUGGAAGCAAUUUGACAAAACGCAUCAAGAGACUUAGAAAACAGGUGGAUGGAUACCUCUGGCUCCUUCAACUCAUCUUUACCAGGCCCCUCCCCCAUAUCUCCACUGCCAUCUUCGAAAGGCCCAAUGAGAGGAGAUGAGAAGCCAAAAUUAAGAAGCUGGCAACGUAAACAGGAUGAGAAAAAACUAAAGCCGUCCUUCAAAUGAAUGGGUCAGGCUAAGUUUAAACCACUCUGGACUGCAAUUUGUGAAUCCUUCUUCCUGCUGCCCGGUGGAAAGCUGGGACAAUGGAGGCUUUGAUGGCCGGAACUGAGACGGUGACAGCGGAUGCGUCUGUCAGGACCACACUGUUCGACUAUGAGUUCUCGCUGCCAUGUGAGAAAAUCAACGUCAAGGAGCUGGGGUCCCGCCUCUUGCCCCCACUGUAUUCCCUGGUGUUCGUGGUUGGUCUGCUGGGCAACGCGAUGGUGGUGGUGAUCCUCACGAAAUACAGGAGGCUCCGGAUCAUGACCAACAUCUUCCUGCUCAAUUUGGCCAUUUCUGACUUGCUCUUCCUGUUCACUCUGCUGUUCUGGAUUCACUACAGCAGGUGGAAAGAGUGGGUGUUCGGCCACUUCAUGUGCAAGCUCCUCUCCGGGCUUUACUACAUGGGCUUGUACAGCGAGAUUUUCUUCAUCAUCCUGCUGACCAUAGACCGGUACCUGGCCAUCGUCCACGCCGUGUUCGCCCUGCGGACCCGGACCGUCACUUUCGGUAUCAUCAUGAGCGUCCUCACCUGGGGCCUGGCAGGGAUAGCAGCCCUCCCUGAAUUUAUCUUCCACCAGUCCCAAAAUGAUGCUGAACAGUACAUCUGUUUGCCUCUUUAUCCAGGAGGCCAAGAGGAUAACUGGAAGCGUUUCCAUGCUCUGAGCAUGAACAUCCUCAGUCUGGCCCUGCCUCUGCUCAUCAUGGCCGUCUGCUACGCGGGAAUUAUUAGGACACUGCUGAGAUGCCCCAAUAAAACCAAGUACAAGGCCAUCCGGCUCAUUUUUGUCAUCAUGGUGGUCUUUUUCAUGUUCUGGACCCCCUACAACCUGGUCCUCCUUCUCUCUGCUUUCCAAACGAUCUUCUUUGAGGUCAGUUGUGAGCAGAGCAAAUGGCUCGAUGUGGCCAUGCAGGUGACAGAGGUGAUCGCCUACACGCACUGCUGCGUUAACCCCGUCAUCUACGCCUUCGUCGGGGAGAGGUUCCGGGAGCACCUCAGCCACUUCUUCCGCAGGCACGUGGCCACCAACCUGGGCAAAUACAUCCCGUUCCUUCCCAGCGAGAAAUCAGACCGAGCCAGCUCUGGCUCCCCGUCAACGGGGGAACAGGAGCUCUCUUUUGUCUUUUAGGCCAGAUGCGGAAAAUUACCUAAAGCGGAUGAGCCGGGCAGAUGAAGGAAACACAUUAAGUCCAUCGCGUUGACUUUAACGCCAGCCCUUUGAACUUCUAGCUCGAUGCCGAAACUUGUAAAGACAUUAAAGCGUAUACACAAUGGGGUCAGCAGACCCGUGUGCCCCGGGCAUUAACGGGGGUCACUAGUUAGUCAGUUCACUUGCCGUCCACACAGAAGUUUGCUCGGUUCUCGGAAGAGUUACAUCCAGUGUAAUGUACCCAAGUGUUAGCUAGUCACUAUAUGCAGCUAUGAGCAGGUAAAUCAUUUUAUAGUUUAAACCUUAACUUUAGCUAGCUGUUGCAUAAAUGAAACGUAUUUCACAAAAUACAAUA